AUGCACAAAAUUUUAUCGAAAGAAAAUCUAAGAAUUGCAUUUGCUGCAGUUACAGGAAACGUCAUUUCUAAUAUCACUGACGGAUCUUACGAAAGGAUAAGCUUUGUAUUAGAUUUAUCCUGCGAAAAGUCCGACGUAAUAUUAAACGAGAGUCGCAAGAACAACAAAUUCAGGUUUGUCCACAGCUGGCUCAUGGUAUCAAAUUCACCCAUUAAACGGAACGAUAUAAAAAAUAUGUUCGAAAACGUAACGCUGAGAAUGGACACGGAUAUAAAACUAGCAGUACCAGAACUCGAUAACCGGUAUUCCAUUUUCGAAAUCUACCACCCUGGUCUUGAAGGCGAUAUAAAAAUAAACGAAAUAGGGGUUCACGCUUACAACAAACUAACUUACUUUAAUAAGGAUAUUUCCUUUUAUAGCGCUAGAAAGGAUAUGUCGGGAAUUCUCAUAAGGACGGGAAACAGAGUAAAUUAUUCCUUGGGUACUCCCGAGAAUUACACCGAGGCACUACGACACAGAAAUCGUUUCACUUUCGGUAAAUUCCACUUCCAGCUGUUUCUCCACCUCGUCUACAUACACGAGUUCCACUACAACACCACGAUUCGAGCAGAAUGGUUUGGCAACAGCAGCAGCGGCAUCGAAGCUGGCCUGUCGCGGCUGCUUUGGGACAACGAAAUCGAUAUUAGCAGCGCCGGUGGCAUCUUACGAGCCCCAAGGAUGCAUUAUUACGACUACCUAUUACCUUAUUAUCAAUUCAGGACCAGUUUCUUCUUCAGGAAUCCGGGAAACGUCAGUCCCGGAGGCGAAGUGCUGAGACCGUUCUCAGUGACGACUUGGUACUGCUUCUUGGCGGCCACCAUCGUCGUGAGUCUGGCUAUCAAAGCCGCCUAUUGGAUCGAACGGACAUUUUUAAAGUCCCGCUUCGACUACAGCCUUGUUACGUCGUUUGUUACCACCAUAUCGCUCUUUGCCCAACAAGGUACCAACUCAAACGUCUAA